AUGUCCCCUCUGUCGUCUGACCAUCAAAAUACCACCCGGAGGUAUACCGUACCUUACCUCCCGAGCGGACGUCUAGAUCCGAAUAUUUGUGGUAGGAUCGAAAACCCCGAGAAAUCUGAGGAAAACUGGAUCGAGUGCAGAUCAUUUGGCGGCACUGGAUCUCAGAGAGGACAGUUCCGUGGCCCUCGCAGUUUGGCGGUGUCCGACAGAGGGGAAAUCUUUGUAGCGGACUACAGAAACAAGAGAGUACAAAUCUUUGACUUUCAAGGCACAUUCCUCAGUUCUUUCCAUACGACAUUGCCUGGGGAAGAAGAGGAUAUCUACCCGUACGGUGUCACACUGGAUAGCGGAGGGAACAUUUGGGUGGUCGGAAGAGCACCAAGCAAACCAAAGUCGUCUUCCUUGUCGUCUUCAUUUGCACUGUUGGACUACUGUGGUGUGACAACCAACUCUAGCCACUACAAUAGAGAGCGUACAGCCUCUUCCAGUGACUUUGCCGCUCAGUACACAAGACAAGGACGAUACGUGAUCCACUUUGACGUACAGAAUACAAGAUGGGCAGCAAGAGGAAUCGCCAUGGAUUCUAGAGAGAACAACGUCGUCGUUACAAAGGUUAUCGAGGACGGCAACAGUGUAGUUGAGUUGUUCAAGCCGAACGGGACACUUUUGAGGACCAUCGGUGACCAAGAGGGGAUAGAAUAUCCACACUACGUUACCGUGGAUAGGGAAGGAAGAAUUCUAGUCUCUGAUAGUGCAGGUCCUUUUGUCUUCGUGUAUAAUAUGGAGGGAAAGUUUCUCUUUAAGUUUGGAGGGUGGGGGGAGGCAGGCGGCCAGCUGAACAGGCCCCAUGGAAUCUGUACAGACGAGUCAGGUCGCAUCUUUGUGGCAGACAGUGGAAAUGACCGAGUGGAGAUGUUUGACAGUACAGGAGAGUUUCUGUCCCAUGUUAUUUCUGACAUUAAGCAACCACUGGCCGUUGCCAUGACUGGGAAUGGGAGUCUUGUUGUUUCCAACAGUGAAAAUGUAGUCACAAUUUUCCACAACUAAAAACCAUUCGAUUCCAUAAUAAUGAUUGUAUUUGCCACUUUUGAAGGCGACAAGAGCAAAAAGUUAGCAAGUUGUAACA